CCUGGCGUCCAUCGACUUCCGUAUGGUGGCGCAUCCAGCGUUAGCUCCUCUCCCUCCAAUAUGGAGAGAGAACUCCUCAAAAAGACUAUCCCAGAUACCGCCGACGUUUCGGCCGGAGACUUCGACUUUGAGGAGCUUUUCAUUUACGACGAGCCACAGAAGAAGUUCACGGGUGUGGUCGAAGCAUCGAUUCCCACUCGGGAAAGAGACAGAUCCAACUUUUCAUUUUCAUAUUAUGCUUCGGGGAUGGGCGCUAGAAAUGAGAUGAGCAGAAAGAAGGAGGGCGACCACCUAGAUAUGAGGAAUAAGAGCAGCACGGGGAAUCGGUAA